GACCUUCCCGUCCUCUCCUGCGCGUCCUUUCCUGAUGGAUCUUUGGACUUUUUUUCUGCCUGUGUGUGAAAAACUGGAAGCCUGAAGUGGGACGGACGAACAGKGGGAGACUCUGGCUCCAUUUACGUCCUCCACUUUUAAUGAGCCCAGCGAUCAGACACGCGUAAAGCUCCAGGUGGACCCGGAGCCUGCGYCCGCACCGCUCCAAACGUCUCCACGGCGCGGAGGAAUUAAAGACAGAUUGCGCGCGGAAUUACCUCUUUUAUUUAUUUUUUUAUUUUUUAACGGAUUCCAUCAGCAGCAGCUCAGGUUGAACCGUUUUACAAGAACAUCUGGCUGAGCUUUAGGAUCUGAACAUCAUCCAUCAUGAUCAAACCGACAGUUAAUGUCAUCGUUYUUGCGUUCCUCUUGUUCUGGGCGUGCUGGGCCAAGCCUAACGGAUCAAAGAACAAGAAACCAAAGCAAGUUGUACCAGACAUCGAGUGCGAUGUGAGAGCAGGUAAGAUUAACCUCCCUGAGUUUAUCGCCCGAUGUCCGGCGCAGUGCAGGGAAAGCAGGCAGCAGGUCUACGGGACCGGCGUGUUCGCCUCCAUCUCCAGCAUCUGCAACGCAGCCAUCCACAGUGGAGUCAUCACAAACUCAGGAGGGAAGGUGAUCGUGAGGAAGAUGGCCGGGCAGAACGUCUACAAAGGAAGCAACUCCCACGGCGUGCGGUCGCUGUCCCUGCCAAAGUGGAGGGAGUCGUUUGUCGUCUCAGUGGGGAAACCAAAGAAAGGAGUCAUCUACCCAUCGACUCUGGACUACGUCCCRUCAAGACCGACCUACGUCAAAACCAGUCAGAAGGAGGCCACCACCACGCYGCUACCCACGACAACGCCCGAACCCACCACCACAACUCCCAAACCCACCACCACCACACAAACCACCACUACACCCCCAACGACAACGACCACCACCACCACCGCCAAGGCCCGAGCUGCUGCCCACAAACCCAGAGAUGCAGGCAGCAGUCACCCGUACCUCGCCCAUGUGGCCGCCUCAAGUUCAAGACAGUUACAGAACAGCCAAGGGAAGAGUCCCAGCCAAGCGUUCAGAGGAAGUCCUUACCCAAACAGAUACCCCCAACGAGCCAGCCCAGUUAUAGGUGUGCGCAGAACGGAGGCGGGGUCGUCCAUCAGGAGGCAGCCUUCCUCUCCAGUCGGUCCAGCAGCUUUUAACAGGGUUCAGCCCGUCCCRCCCGAGCGGACCCCAACUGCGAGCCAGUCCAACUCUGCUUUUCCUAGAAGGGAUUGGCCACCUCCUUCUUUUGCUCGUCCUGAUUGGUUCCCUGG